UGUGAUAGUAGGUUCGUUCCAUAAUCUGCAUGAUCAUGCGUCGUUAGUUUAGUUUGUAUUUGGCUUUCCGUGGAGAAGGUGUAUUCCAUUCUUUUUCGAGGAUAAUUUUAGUGAUUUUGCAACAAUGGACAGAUCUUCAAACUGUGAGAAAAAACCCAAUCCGGUCGAAAAAGCCAACAUUUUAUCAAAACUCACUUACACCUACAUGUUUCCUAUCUUUAAACGUGCCUUCAAAAAUGGACUUACUGAAAACGAUCUAUUCCAACCCUUAGACGAGCACAAAGCCAGUAUUUUGGGUGACAAACUCGAAAAACUAUGGAAAGUAGAAUAUCGAAUACAGAAAAAUCAAGGAUUGUACAAAGCUUUAUACAAACUCUUUGCUUUAAAUUUCCUCCUAUUGGGACUGAUAAGACUAAUAAACGAAAUCAUUUUAGUGGUGGUCAUGCCAAUGUCAAUAGCGAAUUUAGUGAUUUAUUUUGAAACCAGUCAAACUCAAAUUUCCGAAACCGAGGCUUAUGUUAACGCAGCUGUUAUUGUUUUUUGCCGAUUAAGUGACGCUCUUAUAACCCAUGGAACCAUGAUGGGGCUAACACAUAUCGCCAUGAAAAUGCGAAUCGCUUGCAGUUCGCUCAUUUAUCGCAAAAUUUUAAGAAUUAAUAAGACAGCUCUAGUUGAUACAACAAUAGGUCAACUGGUCAAUUUAUUAUCAAAUGAUGUAAGCAAAUUUGAUCAAAGUUUUGUUUUGGCGAACUUCACCUGGAUAGCCCCCAUACAAGCUGCAGUUGGGACUUAUCUCCUAUAUCAAGAAAUCGGAGUUUCUGCUAUUUUUGGCAUGGCUUUGUUAUUAUCAUUUAUACCAAUUCAAGUGUGGUUUGGCAAGAAAUGUUCGAGUUUCAGACUAAAAAUUGCGUUGACAACUGAUAAAAGAGUUCGUUUAAUGAAUGAAAUGAUCUCAGGGAUACAAGUUAUUAAGAUGUACUGUUGGGAAAAACCAUUCGGACAAUUGAUUUCACUUGUGAGGAGAUAUGAAAUAAAAAGAAUAAGGAAUCGCGGAUUUAUUCUUGGUUUGAUGUACUGCUUUGAGAUAUUUAUAACAAGAGUUUCAAUUUUUGUGAGCGUUAUUGGAUUCAUACUUUUGGGGAAAUACAUCACUGCAAAAACAAUGUUUACUGUCACGGCGAUUUACGCCGUUUUGCGACCAAUUAUAACGACGGUAUUUUCCCUAGCGGUCAGUUCUAUCGCUGAAGUAAACGUCUCAGUGAAAAGAAUUCAGAAAUUUUUGGCGCUUGAUGAACAAGUAGACGAUAUCAAUUUUAUGCUUAACAACGGAUCUUCCAAAACAAUUACAAAUAAGCCAAAAGUGUCACUCGAAGACGUGAGUGCAAGAUGGUCAAGCGAAUCACUCGACCCAACUCUUGAAAAUAUCACCCUCAACAUAUCAUCAAACCAACUAGUUGCUGUGAUAGGUUCAGUCGGUAGUGGCAAAUCAAGUCUGCUCAACGUAAUACUUAAGGAAUUGCCUAUUAAAAGUGGUAAUGUAACCAUCAAUGGAGAAAUUUCCUACUCUUCACAAGAACCGUGGCUAUUUGGUGCUAGUAUCCGCCAAAAUAUUCUUUUUGGUGAUAUUAAUGAUGAAAAAAGGUACAAACAAGUAGUAAAACUGUGUGCUUUGGACUCCGACUUUAAACUCUUGCCAUACGGUGAUAAAACCCUAGUUGGUGAAAAAGGAAAGUCGUUGAGUGGUGGUCAGAAAGCACGAAUUAAUCUUGCCAGGUGUAUUUACAAGAAAGCUGAUAUUUAUCUUCUAGACGAUCCAUUAUCAGCUGUCGAUGCCAAUGUAGGACGCCACUUAUACGAAAAAUGCAUCAAAGAAUUUCUCAAAGACAAAUUAUGCAUACUUGUCACACACCAACUCCAAUAUUUGAACAAUGCAGACAAAAUCAUUGUUAUGAAAGAUGGCAAAAUUGAAAUGCAAGGUAGUUACUUAGAAUUGAAAAUUAGUGGUUUAGACUUUUCGAAAUUGCUAUCCCACUUUCACACUGAGGAAGAAUUCAAAGAAGACGAAAACGUUCGCUUAGUUGAAAAUUCAAAUGAUGAAAGUUGCGAGGAUGAUCCACUUCUAGAAAAAGAAUUUAUGGAAAGUGGAAGUAUUAAAACGUCUCUAUAUCUGUCAUACUUCAAGUGUGGCGGAGGAUUGUGUAAUGCUUUCCUCAUGUUUUUGGUUUUUGUUGGUGCUCAAGUUGUUGCAAGUACUUACGAUUAUUACGUCGCCUAUUGGGUAAAUAAAGAACAAGACUUUAAAAAUAAAGUACUUAAUAAUAUGACAUACGACAAUGAAACGUUUCCCAGAGAAACUUUCCUAUAUACUUACUCAGGAAUCACUUUAGCUGUUUUAGUUUUUGGUGUAGCUCAUGGACUCUAUUUCAUGCUAUUUUUUGCUAUCGCUUCCUCAACUUUACAUCGUAUCACUUUUACAAAUAUCAUCAAAGCGUCAAUGCGAUUUUUUAAUAAUAAUCCUUCUGGAAGAAUUUUAAACCGAUUUUCACGCGAUUUGGGCAACAUUGACGAAUAUAUCCCAGAAAUUAUGUACGAUGUUGUUGCUGUUGCUUUAGAUUUAUUUGGUGCUAUGAUAAUAUCAGUAAUUGUCGAUUUAUGGCUGUGCUUACCUUCGUUAAUUCUCCUACUCAUUUUCUAUACUUUUAGAAAAUUUUACAUCAACACGAGUAGAAGUGUCAAAAGGCUUGAAAGCAUUACUAGAAGUUCGAUUUAUGGCCACAUGACUGCCUCUAUGUAUGGUCUAAGUACAAUUCGAGCAUUUUCAGCCCAACAUAUCCUAAUAAAGGAAUUUGACGACUACCAAGAUAAACACAGUGGAGCAUUUUUCCUAUUUCUUGCAUCUAAUAGAUGUUUUGGAUUGUGGCUUGAUGUAACUUGUGCUAUUUUUAUAGCUACAACAGUUUUCAGUCUCUUGUACUUCAAUCAAAAUUUGUAUGGAGGUGAUAUUGGACUUGUUAUUACUCAAUUUGCUGGAAUUGCGAGUGGUCUUCAAUGGGGGAUGCGACAAUGGAGCGAAUUAGAAAACCAAAUGGUUUCAGUCGAACGUUUACUCGAAUAUACUAAAGUAGAAACGGAACCUGAAAGGAAUGAAAGUGUUCAAAUGCCAAAAAAUUGGCCAGAAAAAGGCCAAAUAGAAUUUUGUGACGUAUCUCUCAAAUAUAAUCCCAGGGAACCGUCUGUCUUGAAAAACCUAAAUUUUGUUGUAAAUCCCAAAGAGAAAAUUGGAAUUGUUGGCCGGACUGGUGCUGGAAAAUCAUCGAUAAUUACAGCCUUGUUCCAACUGUAUCCAGUAGAAGGCAAAAUAGUGAUUGAUGGUGUAGAUACGACAAAACUUCCGUUAAAGGAAGUCAGAUCUGUGAUAUCGAUAAUUCCACAAGAACCUUUCCUGUUCUCUGGACCUUUACGUAAAAAUCUGGAUCCGUUUGAUGAAUACAACGACGAUGUCCUCUGGAACGCGUUGGAGCAAGUGGAAAUGAGAGAAGAUGUGUCAGAACUUCCAGAUGGUCUUCAAUCAUAUGUCGCAGAAGGUGGAUCUAAUUUCAGUGUAGGCCAAAGACAGCUGGUGUGUUUAGCUAGGGCUCUCAUUAGAAAUAAUAAAAUUUUGGUCAUGGAUGAAGCCACAGCCAAUGUUGACCCAUACACUGAUGCUCUUAUACAGAAUACAAUAAGAAAAAAAUUCGCUGAUUGUACAGUUUUGACUAUUGCUCAUCGUCUGCAUACUGUGAUGGACUCGGAUCGAAUCUUAGUGAUGAAUAGUGGAAGAGUGGAAGAGUUUGACCACCCUUAUCAGCUUCUGAAUAAUCGGGGAUUGUUGUUUAAUCUUGUCCAAACCACCGGUAAAGUGACUGCUUUAAAUUUAGAAAAUAUUGCUCGAGAGAGCCAAGAAAGAAGACAGCUUAAAUAAUUUACAGCCAAAUUGUAAUGUUUAAAUUAUGAGUAUUAAUUAAUAGUGUUGUACAUAAUGUAAAAUAAACAUUUGUAUAUUUUUUUAA